AUUUGACAUUUAAUUUUUCCUAUACUGUAUCUUUCUAAAUCAAGUAAUCAUGCCUACUUACACAAAAAUUGAUUGCUGCAAAGAUAUGAAUGGAAAUUGAAUAAUACUUAAUUUCUUCUAUAAUAUAUUUAUAGUUAUUUUGUUAUUUAGAAACACUUGGUAAAUAUAGGUGGGUUAAAUGUACUUACCAAUAAACACCACUCAUUUUUUCUCCUCCUCUCCUACUCAUGUUUUUGUGUGUGUGCGUGUGCAUGUGUGUGUGUGCGUGCGUUUGUGUGUGUGUGUGUGUGUGUGUGUGUGUCAUAUCUCCUUGGCAACAGGUUUGACCUUCAACAAUGUCAGGUGCUAUUUUUAGAACUGUAGGAUGGAAAUGUGCAGUUCUUUGUUAUGUCUAUUCACUUGGAGUUCAUCAUAGUAUAUAGUUGAAAUGGCUGGAAGAAAGAAGGACCCAAUAUGGAUCCAUUUUGUUGAAGAACCAACAUUGUCAGGAAAAGGGCAAGUCAUGUGGAAAACAGUUAAUGGGGUUGGUUGCCAGAAUGAAAAAACAUAUUGAAACAUGUCAGAAGGAAGAAACAGAAGAGGAUCAUCUGUGUGAAUCAGAAUCAGCACAGAGAAGUUGCAGAGGUAACGAUUCAUUGGCCAUUGUGAGAAAAACCGGUGGGCAAAUAUCAUCUUCGACUUCCCAAGGGCCUUCUAUGCAAACGAAGAGAACACAUCACAAUGAAAACAAUGGCGAUAGUGAGAUUAAAAAAAAAUUUCAUCAAACCCUUGUUGACACACAUCUAGUAAAAACCAACAGUAAUCAAAAAUGUAUUCUUGAUGAACAGGUUGCUCGAUACAUAUAUGCUACAAAUUCUCCUUUCCGGCAAGUAGAUCACCCAGAAUUCAAGAAGAUGGUAAGUUUGUUGCGUCCUGGAUAUAAACCACCCACUCAUGUUCAGAUUGGGGGUGAUCUGUUAGAUACUUUAUACACUGCCGAGAGAGAGAAGUGUGCGACAUGUUUGGAAGGAAAAACUGUAUGCUUAAGUUUAGAUGGGUGGUCAAAUAUCCAUAAUGAUCCUAUCAUUUGUGUAGCUGUAACUGCCAGUUUAGGAGAAGUUUAUCUGGUAGAUACAAUUGACACAUCAGGUCAUUCACACACAGCUGAUUAUUUGGUACAUGUAGCGAAAGCUACUGUAGCCAAAUGUGAACGUGAAUUCAAGUGUUUAGUUCGCAGUAUUGUGACAGACAACACUGGAAAUGUGAGAAAAAUGCGUUCAGACCUAGAAAAAGAAGAUUUAAAUUUUAUCACAUAUGGUUGUUCAGCACAUCUUUUGAAUCUACUAGCAAAAGAUUUGCAGGUACCUAAUGUGAAAGAACGUGUGGUAGAGAUUGUUAAGUACUUCCGCAAUAAUCAUUUUGCACACGCUAAGUACAAGCAAGAAGGUGGACAACAGCUUAUACUACCUCAAGAUGUUCGCUGGAACACAACAGUUGACUGCCUGUCAGCAUACAUAAAAUACUGGUCAGUUCUCGUGAAAAUCUGUGAAGAAAAUCGCACUGCAAUUAAUGAUAAUAUUUACAGAAAAGUGAUGAAUGUCGUUAUAAAGAGGAACGCAGAGGAUAUGCUGAGGUGUCUGAAACCAGUGGCCUUUGCACUCGAUAAGGUUCAGAAAGAUAGCAGUACAAUUUCCACUGCUGUUGAUGUGUGGAAAAGUCUAAAACAAUGUCUUGAAGAUGAAAACCUGAAUGCAGACAGCAUGGAGAAAUUUUCCAGUCGCUACCAUCAGGCACUGGAUGGAGCACAUUUCCUGGCAUAUCUUGUAGACCCACGGUUCUGUGGUCAACAUUUGACAGCUGAUGAGCGAUCUGAAGCUCUUUCAUUUGCAAACAACCGAUACAAACACAUUAAGUCUUUAUUGCCCAUAAUUAUUAAGUUCCAAGCAAAAUCUACUCCCUUCCACAACUUUUUGUUCGAUGGAAAUGUCAUCUCAAAAGUGUCGCCAAUAGACUGGUGGAAAAUGAACAUCAAUUCAGAUACUACUGAAGUUAUGGAUGUCAUAGAACCACUGUUAACAGCAACUGCGUCAUCUGCAUCAGUGGAAAGGAUCUUUUCGACAUUUGGUUUGGUUCAGUCAACAUUAAGAAAUCGACUGGGUACAGAAAAAGCUGCAAAACUUGUAUUUUUGUUUAAAAUUUUAAAUAAGUAAUAUUUUGUUGAAGUUUUUUUACAUAGACUACUUUUGUAUAUGUGCAAUUCUGAGAAGAGAAAAAAAAAGGAAAUUGUGGUUUUGUUUUAAAUCACUUUUAUCUAGAACAAUUGGAACAAAGGGAUGACAGAAGUGACAAUUACAUUUAAGAUUAUAUGUAUAUACUUUAGAGAUAUAGUUAUUUUGUAUAGCACUUCCUUAUUUUUGUUACUAAUGUUAACUGUGAUACUGUACUAAAAAUUUUCAUAAAGUUACAUCAUUAAUGUUUCCUUAAAAUACUAUGCAAAGUAAAAUUUUAUUUCACAGAAAGAAAAUUAAGCUAGUUGUCUUUGCAAAAUGAGUUAAUCUAUUAUGAAUCACUGUAGAGGAAAGUCACGAAAAUGUACUGUAUAUUACACAGAUUAUAAUUUUUUAUAUUUUAAUCAAAAAAAUCCUAUUUUAAUCAACAAAAUCUGAUUUUAACCAAAAAAAUCUGAUUUUUUUGAUUUCUUUAAAAAAAUCAGGAUUUUUUAUACCCUGCGAUCGCUGCGACGAUUAUGCGAGUAAAUAUGGUAAGUAGGCAUGAUUACUUGAUUUUUAAAAAAUACAGUAUAGGAAAAAUUAACAUUCAUAUUAUAAAUUGAUUCUAUUCACUGAUUUAAAAAAAAAUCACAUGAUGAUUUAAAUUAUGAUUUAAAUCACGUGAUUUAAAAAAAAAUCACAUGAUUUAAAUCAUGAUUUAAAUCACGAUUUAAAUCAUGCUGAUUAAAAUCAACAUACCCUGCCUGUGACUAUGUUAUAUGACUUCGUUGAGCUAAGAGAUGUAUUUCAACCUAUUGUUGAAACUAACAUAUUUGUUGACUGAUUGUUGCAUCAGUGCACGCUUCGAUUCGUUUUUAGCCGUAUGAUAAAUUGUAGUUUAGUACGUACAUUUAAAUCUAAUACGUAUAUUAUGACGAAAGAAAUUGUAAAAGAAAUAUACCAGAAGGGUGAAAUAUCAUGCAAACUAUUGAUGAGUUAUUUCUGAAACCCAGUAAUAAUAUAACUACGUUCGUACAUAGUAUGAAAUUGAAAAUUUGGAAAAUAUUAUGGUAAUCAUAUUACUUUGUUGAUGAUGGACACGUAAUAGCACACAACUUGAAGGAUAACCAGACCCAAGUGUAUAACUGAAUUAUUAAAUAACUCAAUAAGUCACAACUUAAUUAUUUAAGUAAAUCAUUGCUUGCCAAUAUUUGGCACAAAUCAAUUUUAAUUUCUUAGUCAGCAAGGUUUAAAACUACAAACAAAAAAUUUCCCAGCAAGGAAGCGUGCAUGUGUCCGCGUACCUGUGUUGUUUAUCCAUAGGUAUGCGCACUUGCUAUGCUAUGUAUGCAUUAUUUUUGACUAAGUAACAUGUAGGCCUACAUAUUUCAGAUUAUGAUAUUAACAUAUGUAGUAUUUUUGGUUAAAUAUAACGGAAAAUUCAUUUGAUUCGUUAUAUGGAUAUGAGUUGCGUAGUUUUGACCGCUCCAUAGAACUUGCAAUGAAAGAUCGGCGCAGGUCCGAAAGCUUGGAAAAUGAGAGAUUUCUGAGAAGAAAUACUCCAGCCAAUAGUCUUGUCUAGUGUAAAAACCUGGCCGGAGGAGAGAAUUGGGAGGUUGGUGGGCAAUGCGCUCAACACAACGCCAAGUGCGGCCUUUAUCCACUGACGUAUAUGUGCCUCGAAGGUAACGCGACACUGCGACAACACGAGACUCGAGGACAGAGCGAUAGUGGGUAUGGGACACUGCAAGUUGGAAUGCCGGUGGGGUGGAAACACUGGAAGGUGUUUACCCCACUCCGCCUCCCAGUCGAAGUGAUGCGCCGCCAAGAUAACCAAUCCACGUCUCCUCCUUCCAGCUUUGUCCCGCCCACCUUGCACGAUGUCGUAAGCGCAGAACCCGCUGGCGGAGUUGCGCCCUGUCUGUAUAGGCCUCUUAAUGUGGGUGUGUUACCAUUAAGGGAAGAAUCUGGUGAUCAAACAUCUACAGGCAAGACUGAGACCUCUCUGCUUUCACACAGUACAAGUGGAGAGUUACAAGAAUAUGUUGAACAUUUUCCAAAAGGAAAUUGUGUGGAAAUUCUUCAGGAUCAGUCUUUAAGUUGCACAAGUGUAAACAGUGAUCACACAUAUUCGAAGACUGUAGACAUCCCGUGUGUCACGCAUUGCAGCAAUGAACUGUCACCACUGGAAAUAAUUGGUAUUGGAAAUUCCUCACCUGUUACGCUUGAUAAUGCAUGUGUAGUGUCAUCUACUCCUAAGUUGAAACCAGUGAGUCUGUUUGGUGGUUUAAGCCUACAUAAUAAAGAAUCUCCUGCAACAUAUACUCGUAUCCGUAAAUGUUCGGAAGGAAAGAAAGUAAGAAGAAGACACAGAAAUAACACCAAAGAAAAGGAAAUUGAUACAAUUAGUGGCCAAGAAGGAGCGUUCUUUAAAGCGCUUGAAAAAGAAAUGUGACCAAAACAAUUAAAUGAUAUAAAAUAAAUAUAUAUUAUAUAUAAAUAUAUGCAAGUUUUCUUGCAUCUCAAGUGCUGUGUAGUAAGAAAAAACCUAAAGGUAGACGAUGGCAGCUGUCAGACAAACUUAUUGCGUUAGCUUUGUACAAGUGGUGACCCAGAUGCUAUUCGUUGUUGUCUACAAUGUUUGCACUGCCAACCAAGAAAACCUUAACAAACAUGAUGGCUAAAAUCAUUUUCGAACCUGGAAUUUAAGACCACAUUUUUGAAUCAUUGAAAAAGACUGUGUCUGGCAUGAACAAAUUUGAGAGUACUUGUUUGUUGGCAUUUGAUGAGAUGUCUCUCCGUCAACAUUUGGAAUAUACCAGCAGAACUAACCAAGUGAUGGGUUUUGAGGAUAUGGGUUCACUUGGAACUUCUGAUAAGUGGGAAAUCAUGCACUUGUUUUCAUGGUUAAAGGUCUCUACAAGAAGUGGAAACAACCCGUGGCAUUUUACAAAACAACAGGUAGUUUAAGUUCAGAUAAGUUGGUAAAAAUAUUACAGUCUGUCCUCGAAUCUUGCCAGAAGAUUGGUUUGAAUGUUGUUGCAACAGUGUGUGACAUGGGCUCAAACAACACACGGGCACUGAAAUUACUGGGUUCGUCAGAAGAAAAGCAGUACUUUCAGUUUGGGAAUUCUAUAACAGAAUAAGACAUUUCCCUGGUAUAUGACGGCCACUGCACAAUUAGAAGAUAUUCCUUUGUCUUGUGAAUGACCUGUAAAAUCAGUUAGGAAUACUCAGUGGUUAUGGGUGUAGUGUCUCAAACUCACCGCAUAUAUAAGAGCUAGCGAGUGAAACAAGAAUUUCUACCAUAAAUUAUAUUAAUUGAGAUUAUUAUAAAGG